UAAAUGUUCAACGGUACAUGUAAUUUCAGAGGUCCGUUAGUUCUGCGUUGGAUACCGGCUGAUAACGUUACUUUUGAAUCUAGUCAAUAAGAUCGAAGGCAUGUGGGCAGUCAUAAAAAGGGAUUUAAGAAAAAAAUGUCACUGCUAGUCCGGUAUUACAGACGCCAUUUUCGAUUCGUAUUUCGUCGAAUUUAUGUGGCGAUCGAAGUACACAGAUUCUAUUCAUGAUAAAUUUAGACAGUAUCUAACUGUUAUUAGAUAAUUCUGUGCACCUAAAUCUGAGAAUAUUCAAGCUUAGUGAAGAAUUUGUAUAAAACCAGUAAUUUAUGGACUUUAAGCAAAGCUGAAUUCCAGAUCAAACCUUUAAAUCAAUGGACCUGGAGAAAUUACAAUAUAAGAAAAUCCCUUUUUAUACAAACACAAGAUACACCAAACCCUAACAGUCUGAAAUUUAUGCCUGGAAUUCCAGUGAUGGAGUCUGGAACUUUUGAUGCACCAAAUUCAUCUGUAGCCAACAAAUCCCCAUUUGCUCGUCAGUUGUUUCAGAUUGAAGGAGUAUCUUCAGUAUUUUUUGGUCCAGAUUUUAUAACUGUGUCUAAAGCUGAUGACGAUAUUGAAUGGAAAGUAUUGAAGCCUCAAAUAUUUGCUACCAUAAUGGACUUCUUUGCAACUGGUCUUCCUGUAGUUACUGGUGAACAAGAAGCUUCUGAUACUGCUUUUGAUCCAGAUGAUGAUGAAACUGUGCAAAUGAUUAAAGAACUGUUAGAGACUCGAAUACGUCCAGUAGUUCAAGAGGAUGGGGGUGAUAUCAUUUAUAUGGGUUUUGAAGAUGGAAUAGUCAAGUUGAAAAUGCAAGGUGCCUGCACUAGUUGUCCAAGUUCUGUAGUUACUCUGAAAAGUGGAGUUGAAAACAUGUUGCAGUUUUACAUACCAGAGGUGAAAGGAGUUCUUCAAGUAACAGAUGAAGUAGAUGCAAUAGCUGAAAUAGAAUUCAAAAAGUUAGAAGAAAAACUAGAAAAAACAGAUAAAUAGCUUUAUUUUUCAACAAUUCUGUAAAUAGAUGUACAUUAUAUUUAAAUAAAGUUGAUAUUUAUUUCACUGUUUAAUAUAAUUUUGUGAUUACAAUAAAUAAAUAAAAACUGUCCUAGUUGACAUAUUUGUAUAUGAAUAAAGUUUAUUGGUGUAAGUAAUAGAA